AUGGAGUCAUUUGCCAUGUGUGAAUAUCUAAUUAGCAAAGGUGCAGAUGUAAAUGCUCAAAACAGCGAAUUAAAAACUCCUUUGCAUUGUGCAAUCGAAGAUGAUGGUUUUGAAAUUGCCAAACUUCUUUUGAAGAACGGCGCGGACCCGUUUCUAAAGAGUAUUCACGGUGAUGAUGCGUUACAGACGGCUUGUAUCUGCGCUGUUGUUGGUGUAUUCGAAUAUUUAAUUGAAAAUUAUCUCUAUUCUAAAGAACGUACUGCUGAGGCGCAUGAACUGAUAGGCAGUAGCCUUAUCGAAAAGAGGGGCAAUCUUGGAGAGGCCUUAAAUCACUGGAAAACUGCUCUGUCAAUCAGGAAUGAGGAUUCAAACAAUUACUUGGAAAAGAAAACGAUUGAUAGAAAAGCUCCUUUUCUGGAUGUAACUGAAUUUAGUUCCGUGGAAGAACUGGAAAAAAUUUCAGAGGACUUGGACGCAAUAAUGAUGCAAACUUUGCUUGUUCGUCAGAGAAUUUUAGAAAGAGCGGAAAUGAAAGAAAUUGUGUACCGGGUAUCGCGCAUCGCUCCUCGAACCUCUUCUGGGGAUACAAUACUGCAUUUAGUAGUCUCAAAAGAAAGGACCAUCAUGAAUGUAUCCUCGCGUUUGGAUCUAGAUUUGGAUAUUUUCCCGCAUGCCGGAGUAGCUGAACUUUUAUUACAGUGUGGAGCCAACGUCGAAGCUGUGAAUUGCAGCUUGAACACUCCUUUACAUGUGGCUGCUGAGGUUCACUUACCUCCAGCUAUUAUGGCUAUUCCAGAAGACUGGUAA